CUAAGUAAAACUCUGUCCAUCACUCAAAUCAUUUUCUGUCAUUUUCACCCGUGCUUUGGUCCAAAGAGGGAACGCAAGAAAAUCUUUUGUUUUUUUCCAAUUCGGACGCGCUUUUAUCCCCUUGGGAAGAGCUGAUCGGGUCAGCGUAUAGCUCAACGCCUUUUUGGGAGGGCCUGAGCUGAAUUCACUGGAUGAUGAAUUGCUGAUUUUCUUGGGUUUUCUUGGGUUUUCUUGGGGGACCCAUUUGAAGGGAAAGCAGAGAAUUGGGUGUGCCUUUUCUUGUUCCCUUCGGGUUCAGAAAAGGAAAGGCCCGAUUUUGGUCGAUAUUUCCUGUUGCUGGAUCGAAAUCUGAAGGUGGGUUUUUGUCGGUGUUGGUUUUCUGAAGGUGGGUGUGAGAAGAAAUGGGUCAACAGCAAUCCAAGGACGAAUUGGUGUAUCAGCAGGUCAGCUAUGGCAACAGCGAAGGAAUCAAAGCCCUCUGCAGAGAAGGCGCUGGCCUCGAGUGGAUCGACAGAGAAGGGAAGACGCCUUUGAUCGUCGCUUGUAUGAAUGCGGAGCUGUAUACUGUCGCCAAGACUUUGAUUGAAUUGGGCGCCAACGUCAAUGCAUACCGCCCCGGUCGCAAUGGUGGCACUCCUUUGCAUCAUGCAGCUAAGAGAGGCCUCGAGAAUACAGUGAAGUUACUUCUUUCUCAUGGAGCAAAUGCACUGGUGAUAAAUGAUGAUUGUCAAACUCCACUUGAUGUGGCCAGAGCUAAAGGAUACACUAAUGUUGUCCGUACAAUUGAGGGUCACAUGGGUUUAUUCUCUGGUUGGUUACGGGAGUUUUAUGGUCCUGGGUUUCUGGAAGUACUUGCUCCUCAGUUGCUUUCAAGAAAAGUGUGGGUAGUCAUUUACCCGUGUGGUUCUCGAAAUCCCACAAAGCCGUUUAAGUUGGAAUUGGCAAUAUAUACUAGUAUGCAGGAUGCUCAACCUCGGGCAAUUGUUGCAUUGUGGAAGGCCAACUUAGAGGAACCUAAAUUCCACUAUUCUGACCCUUCAGUGACAAUUGUCGACGAUACUUCAAUCCCAAGGGGCAGGAGGCGGAGACGCAGGAGGUAUAGGCCACGAACAGAUAGGCAGACCCGUUUCAAAUUCGCACCUGCCAAUGAAAGAGACAGACAGCAAUUUCAGCGGUUUUGUGAUGCAUGCAAAGGGAUUGCACAGCCAGCAUUUUUGCAACCUGCGCAGCCGCCAGUACAGGCAACUGCACCACAGGCAACUGCACCACCUACCGCAGAAGAUCUGGAAUUAGCAAUGGCAAUCAACGCCUCCAUCCAGUCAGCUAUGCAGGAGGUGCGACCAUCUUUUCCUGCUCAGCAAGGUGUCGGGACAAGCGCAUCCACCAGUUGGGGUGAUUCUAUGGAAGUUAUGAAUCACAGUGAUUUGAGUGAGGCGGCUGCCCCGGCUCCAUCCAAGGAUAGCUGCGGUCCAAGCAAUGGAAUAGCACCUAUAGUCAUGCCACCUCAAAAUGUUGAAGGUGUCGAUGAGAACUCCGUCUCUGCUCCAUCAGCCCCUCCGGCAAACAUUGAGGUUGUAGAGGACGGCCCAAUUCAAUAUCCAUCCAUUGACCUCACUCCGAUUGAUAUGUCCGCUCCAGUAAUCAAUGACUUACCACCUGUUGGCUCUAGCGGGAGCAAAGAAGACGGAAGUGAAGAGACAUGCUGUGUUGUUUGUUUGGAUGCUCCCGUCGAGGGAGCUUGCGUGCCAUGCGGGCACAUGGCUGGCUGUAUGUCUUGCUUGGAAAAGGUCAAAGCCAAGAAAUCCGGGUGCCCGGUUUGUCGUACCAAGAUUGAUCAAGUCAUAAAGCUGUAUACUGUUUGACUAUGAAGCUUGCCUAUAUCAAACAGAUUGAAAGAAAGGUUGUUCGAGAAACAUGAAGGAGCAUGACUGCAGUACAGACAGGUGAUAACGAGUUCUCUGCAUCUAUGUAUUUGUCCGAUCCGUAAAUCAGCUUACUUUUGUAAAUCUAUGUUUCCGCAGCAUCUUUAUCUCCAGUAUAUGGCAUAAAUUGAGAGCACAAUUUGAUUGCAUUAUGUUGUGUGGAACUGUAAAGCAAAGAAUGGUACCGUGUCUUUUGUAUAUAGCAUCGGCAUCUCUUAAGGUGGGUAUAGUUGGUGCUCAA